AUGCCCAAGAAACCUACCGCCGAGCUCAGCGAGUAUGAACUGCAACGACAGGAAAACAUAGCANAAAACCAAGCUCUGCUCCGUCAAUUGCAACUCGAAGCCGCAUCCGCUGGCAUCGCGCCCAAGAAAGCCUCACGCGCCACCCCCAACAAAUCUGCCAAAAAGAAGAAGACGCCUGUGCAAAAAGUAAAAGAGGAAGUCCAGCCGCGGAGAACAUCGAGUCGACUACGCGGUAUUGUUGCAGAUAGCGAAGUCGCAAAGAGAAAAGCAGAGGAAGAGUCGGAAUUGCUAGCUCAAGCUGAGCGAGCCAAAAGACAACGCGUUUCUGAAGACUUGCGUUUCUCAGAUGUCGUCGUUGCAGGAAAGGACUGGGAUCAGAGUGGCAACUUCCUACGACUCGUCGGGCCUGCCAAUCCAGGAGAAAGAACAUUCAGUGCUCAAGAUGUCAAGGAAACCACCGACAAGGAGUUGAAGGAGCUCCGAGAACGCAUGAGCAACCUGGAAUUGUGGGAAGGCUUCGAACCAAACAGGAUCAAGAUCACUCCCGAGAGAAUUUACUCUCUGGGCUUCCAUCCGACCACCGACAAAGCUCUUGUCUUUGCUGGAGACAAGCUGGGAAGCUUGGGUCUCUUUGACGCCUCCCAACAGCCUACUCCUGCUGUGAAGAACGAGGACGAUGACGAAUCAGACGAUGAAGAAGCUAAACCCUCAAUAACGACCCUCAAGGUCCAUACCCGCACAAUCUCUGCAUUCCAGUUCUCCNCCCACGACCAAAACGCUUUGUACUCUGCCAGUUACGACAGUUCGAUCCGCAAACUCGACCUACAGAAAGGUGUAGCCAUCGAAGCAUACGCACCCAUCUCGAAAGACGACGAUGAACCCCUCAGCGGUGUCGAGAUGUCGCAAUUCGAUUCCAAUACUCUCUUUUUCAGCACCCUGAACGGAAACUUUGGUCGUCACGAUACAAGGUCUAAACCCGGCAGUGGAACCGACAUCUUCGCCUUGUCUGAAAAGAAAAUCGGAGGCUUCAGUCUCAAUCCCGCACACCCUCAUAUCUUCGCUACCGCAUCGUUAGACCGAUAUUUACGCCUUUGGGACCUGAGAAUGUUGAAGGGUGAUGGAGAUGAUAGAGCGCCGAUGGAAAUUGGAGCCCAUGAGAGCAGAUUGAGUGUUUCCCACGCAGCCUUCAACUCGGCAGGCCAAAUCGCUACAGCUAGUUACGACGAUACGGUAAAGAUUUACGACUUCAGCAGUGUUGGCACAAUGUCCGCUAGCACAGAGCUGAAUGAUGAGCAAAUGACACCAACGACCAUAAUUCCUCACAACAACCAGACCGGCCGCUGGGUUACCAUGUACAUAUAUCCUUUUCUCUUCUCAUGCCCCUUACUGACAGAAAUAACACAGCNNCUUCGCGCGCAAUGGCAACUCCAACCAGCCGACAACAUCCAACGUUUCGUCAUCGGAAACAUGAACAGAUUCGUAGAUGUGUAUGCCUCAAAUGGACAGCAACUCGCUCAACUCGGAGGUGAUGGUAUCACCGCCGUGCCUAGCGUUGCGCAAUUCCAUCAGAGUAAAGAUUGGAUAGCUGCAGGCACUGCUAGUGGAAAGCUGUGCUUGUGGAUGUAA